GACUGCUUCCGAAGAAGACAGUCUUUCGACUGCAUGCCUCCAACAUUCUUCGCCGUGCUGCGGCGUCCGGCAAUGUCGUGAGACCCUGUCCAACUCCCGACUGCAUGAUGAAGAAAGCUUUUCCUGAUUCGACUUCCGCGAGGGGCACCUGCCCACUUUGCGGGCUUGAAGCAUGCUGGAUGUGCGGCGCCCAGCCGUACCACGAAGGCCUGACUUGCGAGGAACACCGGAGGCGACAGCGGGGAAAAGGCGCCGACGAAAGCUUCAUGGAGUGGAUGAAAGAGACAGGAACGAGACAGUGCCCCCAGUGCGGGAUGGCGACUUCCAAGGAAAAUCUGGACGCCCAGACGGACCAGGUGGAAGAGUGCCACAAGAUGAUGUGCCGCAACUGUGGAUGCAA